CAAAACAGAAUCAAUACUGUUAUCAUUCUGUUACACCAUGGCGGAGAUUGCAACGUCGGUGCCGGAGAUCACCGCCGUCGAUGAGCCGUUACUCUCUCCAACUCACGCCGCUGCUGCUGCACCGUCUGCCGGAGGAGAUAGACCUCCGUCGAGAGUUCCGAUGCUUUUAGGUCUUUUCGCCGGCCGCCGUGGUGCGUCGUUGAUAGUGAGCCAGACCGUUGCGCUACAGAUGGAGGAUUACCGAGAGGCUUGGGGCUAUUCGUUUCCGGUUGUGGUUAUAGAGACACUCUGGAACCUUGCGUUUGUUGUGGUUUCGUUCGCUACGUUGUUUUGGAUUGCGCGGGAAGAGACGAAUUUGUUACUUAGGGUUUGGAUCUGCGGUUACGUGAUGCAGUGUGUGGUUAAUGUGGUGGUUUUGUUGCUGGUGUAUAAGAGGAGGAAUCGGAGAGUGUCAGCAGACUCAACCGCAACGAUUCCUGGUUUUAGUAGCAGUGGUUCGAGCUCGGAGAGUGAUGGAGAUCGUGUUACACGUCCAGUCAGAUGGGAUAUGCUUUAUACUGUGGUUUCUUAUUUCUGGUGGGUGCUUGGAUUCAUUUGGAUCGUGUCUUACGAUAACAGUGUCACUCCACGUCUAUUCGGGUUGACUCUGGCUUAUUUGGCUAUGGACGUGUUCUUUCUUGUUCUCGGUUUUCUUUUGGAUUGUUUACUAUCAGCUGCUUACUGUUUCUGCUUGCCUUGCAUUAUUGCCUUCAUGUAUUACAUCAAUCGCCAGGAACGCGCAUCAGAGGCUAACAUCAGCAGACUGCCCAAAUACAAAGUUGAAAACGUGGAGCAACCUGGUGUUAGAGAAUGCAGAAUGAUCCCUAUGGGGACAAAUGGUCACGACUAUUCUACUGAACUUGUUGUUUCAACCGAGUAUGCGGAAUGUAGUAUAUGUCUCUGCCGCUAUGAAGACGGGGAACAACUUCAUUUACUUCUUUGCGGCCAUCACUUCCAUUCUACAUGCAUCGUGAAAUGGCUAAGGUUGAAGGCCACUUGUCCCAUAUGCAAAUCACUUGUCGCGUCAAAUGAACAGGGUUAAAAGGUACAGGUAAAAUCCUAACGGGAAAUAUAAUCUUGACAAACUCAGCUAAAACCAAAAUAAAUGGCAGCAUUGUAUAGGUCAACUAUUGUUGCGUACUAUAGUUAGUGUUGUGAAUCAUGGUUCCAUAAUGGCUCAGGUCUCCCACAUGGUUACCUUGUUUCUGACUAUAUACAUUGGUUGAAAAUUUAGAGAGGUUAUAUGGAUUAACCAAAGAAGCUUCAAAUUUUAAAAA